ACCAAAUUCUAAUGUUUAUAGCCUAAAUUCCCCUAAAAAAAUGAAGCACCAAACCUGGCCCAAUCAUUGUCUGCUGUUCAAUCCUUUUCUCUACCUUACAGUGUGGGGCCUGUGUCAUAUUCCUGCUACUGCAAGUUUCACCUCCCUAAAAAUAACAUAUCAUUCCAUAUGAGUGAUAUUUAAGCUCUUCAUCUCCAUGGAUUCCACAGCUGGCAAACAAAUUUGUCAUUGAAUUGAGCAACAAUUUGCAGGAGAUCAGGAAUGGGUCGAACAAAUGCAAAGGCGAGGAACAUGGACGAUUUCUUCGUACUGAAUGCGGGGGGAAUUGCAAGGGAAUCUGCAGCAAUUUUUCUGCAACAUUUGCCCUUUUUUGUGUCAAUUGCAGUUCUACUGGUAUCCCCUAUUUCUGCUGCCCUAAUCCUCUCCCGCGCCUUUCUUCCCCACUCUUACAUUGUGACCGGAUUCGGGCUUCAAAUCCGAGAAUUUGUCAAUUCUGCCGGAUUCCCCAAUUCGCGCUACACCCAUCUGAUUUGCAGCAAGCUGUCCCAGACAAUAAUCUGUUUCGUGCUCUGUUUCCCCAUUGUUGUGACAUCUUCUCUGCUUGCAAGAGCAGCAGUAGCCCAAACAGUGGCUUGGAUUUAUGCAGGGGAUAAACCCUCAUGGGAAAGGCUGAUUGAAGUUCUGCCCAGGCUUUGGAAGCGCCUUGUGCUGACAUAUAUAUGGGCAGGUGUUAUGGUAACUGGAGCAAAUGCUGUGAUUCUGGUACUGGUUUUAGGAGUAUUUAAGGUGGUCUCUGUUUUUGGAUUUCAUUCUAGAUUGGAAAUUGGGGCUGCUUUAGGAGGGGGGAUUGUUUACUCCAUUGUGUUUGCACAUGCCAUGAUAGUCUGCAAUUUGGCCACCAUUGUUUGUGUUCUGGAAGAGUAUAAUUAUGGGAUUCAGGCUGUGUGGAAGGCCCUGUUUUUGAUAAGAGGGAGGACCAGGAUUGCUCUGGCUCUGGCAAUUAUUGUGAAUUUGAGUUGGGCAUUUGUGGAGAGCCUUUUUUUACACAGAGUUAUGAGAGGAAGGAGCUCUGUUACAAAUAUGGCAUUGGAAGGUUCUCUGUUGGUGUUCAUGUAUUCCAUUGUGACUGUGAUUUAUGAUGCCAUGAGCACUGUGUUUUAUUAUACUUGCAAGUCAGCUCACUUGGAGUUGGUUUGCCUUGAUACUUUUCUUCCCUGCCCUGCAAAUCAAUGGGAGGACACUCACCCAGAAGGAAAUGAUAGUAAAGUGUGAGAUGGGUAUGAGUGUUCUGAUGUGUAAAAUAUGCAGGUUCGAAUUCUGUGUGUAAUUGUCACCCUCUUGUGUUGGAUGGGGUUGCAGAUUUGAAGUGAAUUAUUCAGAAGAGGCCGGAUUUUAAAGAAUGGAAAUUGGAAAAAUGUCAGUUUCUUUUUUGACAUCUGAUCCUGCAAAUGGGUGUUGUAUGCAUGGAAAAAGUAUCGUAGAGGUUAAAAUUUCUUUUUCCAAGUUGUUGGAAGAAAAUUAUCAAUUUCAAGUUGGUCUCUGAUUUUUUAUUA